AUGAAUCAAUCCACCAGCCUACCACGCGAAGGGCAUAAAUCCCCAGGAAGUCUCACCUGCAACGAAGGAACAAUACGCACCUUGAUCCAAACCAGAGAUGAAGAAAAACAUUACUUUUCUGGCACUAUCAGCACCGAUCUAGGUCUCGUCAUCAACAAUGCUCACGUGGAGUACUUCGAUCUCACCGAGGAUAAACCACAUUGCCAAGAAUUCAAGGCAUUGAUUGGUCCCGUUUACGUUAAUUUCUGGUGGCAAGGAGGUGCUAUACAUCUCUCUGGAAAAUUGCUGCAUCGCAUCGAGGAGACGACCGAAGUCACCGGAGAAGGGUGGUGGGGGGAUAUUGAUAAUGGGGAAUAUGAGGCGAAUGGAGAGGAGCGGUACAGUGAUGAGAGUGAUGAUUCGAAAGCGUGA